AUGUCACAACAGAAUAAAUCAACAGUCAGUACAUCAUAUUCUAUUCCUACAAGCGCUCCUGCAGUUGACUCAAAGGACAGCAAUAGUAAGAAACGAACUCUAGAUGAGAUAACGAUAGACGACAAUGCAUCACAUAUCACUACAGUUUCUGAGGGCUCAACACCCCCAAUAUCGACUCCUAGAAAGGAAAGAAAAGGCCGUAAAGCGCCUCACGAACUGUUGACGGAUGCAGAAAAAAAGGCUAACCAUAUUGCUUCUGAAAAAAAACGUCGGCAAAAUAUACGUCUUGGCUUCGAUCAAUUGAUCGAUAUUGUUCCUACAUUGAACCAAGAAGGAAACAAUCGAUCAGAGGCGCUUAUAUUACAAAAGUCUGUGGAUCAUAUUAGGCAUCUGAUCAAUGAAAAGAAUGAUUUAAAAAGCCAGAUUAAGGAUUUAGAGAAUAUUCUGGGUGAAUCGACCUAUGAUGAUGAUGUAAGAUGA